UACGCAGCAGUGGAUUGUGACCUCUUGGCCCUCCCUGCUUGUAGCCGGGCACAGAGUCUCUCACUCUGGCUUGUGCCUGCACUCCAGCCGAGCGUGUCUGCGAGGUUUGGAGCGAGCAGCGAGGAUAGCCUUGGUGCUGGUCUCGUGCUCUGGGAGCUGCUGACAGCCGCUCUCAGUGCUCGUCCCCAGAGCCACUGGAACUUCUUCCCCGCCCUGCCUGGCUCAGGCAGCCGGGGCACCCAGGAGGCCGCAGCAGCAAAGGGAACCGCGUGACCCCUGCUGCUGCAGCAGCGGGCUGAGGAGCAGCCCCUCAUCCCUCGUGGUGCUCUCCUGCCCACCACAGCAGCUGGACAGCAUGGCCAGUGAGCCGGACCACCGCUGCCCCAUUUGCCUGGACACCAUGGAUGACGCCAGCUACGCGAUGCCGUGCCUGCACCGCUUUUGCUUUGGCUGCAUCCGUCGCUGGACCCAGAGCAGGCCCACGUGCCCCCUCUGCAAUCGCCGGCUGAGGUCCAUCUUGCACUCGGUGCGUGCGGACAACAGCUUUGAGGAGUUUGUUGUCAGACGGCCUGGGAGGGCCAGAAGAGCACCCCAACGCCAAAGAGGGGCGGUGCCCACCUGGGCGUCCAUGUUCCGCCACCACCCAUCUGUGCUCCGGCCCCUGCUGCCCUGGCUGCACCAGGAGAUGAGGCAGCUCUUUGGGGCUGACAGCAUGGCAGCCUUUUCAGCCUUCCAGCUCGCCGUCUUUGGCCUGUGCUUCUUUGGCCUGGACGAGGGAGCGCUGACCCUGUGGCUGUUCAGCUCCCUGCGAAGCCACGCCGCCGUCUUUGUACGACGGCUCGCUGUCCAAGCUGUGCAGCUGUGCAGCGGGGAGGUGCGACGCCUGCUGGGCCUGGAUGCCUCCCGUGCUGCCACAGGGCAGGAGGGCAGCCCUGCAGCUGCUCGCGGCGCAGCUGCCUCCUCAACAGAAGCUGCCGACCGCAGCCCGCAGCCCUCCGGCAGCAGCUGGGAAGCCAACGUGGAGGAGGAGCUUCCUGUCCCCUCAACCGCUGCCCUUAGUGAGGGUCCCAGCCAGCCUCCGUCCAUCCUGGCUCCGCUGCGGACGGUCCAAGAAGCAGCCCAGGAGGAGCCGGAGGAGGCAGUGCCGGGUCCCUCGAGUGCCAGCACGGUCAGGGAGCGCUCACGCAGGGUGCCUCGGCGAGCCCCGAAGAGGAGGGCACACACCUCUGAGGCCUCUGCACCUCCUGCCAAGAGGCCACCCCGCCGGCAGCACUAG